GGGGGAGAGAGAGAGAGGGAGGGAGUGGGGGUGGACUGAGUAUAAAAACCCAUCUCCCCUCUGUGAAGAUCUCACUCUGGAGGAGGAAAACCAGCAGCAAGGGCUAAUUGCCGACCGGAGUAGGGGACCCCCCCCCCAACCCUACAAAUAACUGGCGUUUUUUGUUAUUCCCAAACGCAGAACGGACCAUCUGCCAACUCGCUUCUACCUCGGCUGUACUAAAUGCCCAGAGAAAGCAGAGGAGCGCCCACAAAAGAGGAUCGCUGCUCUGAAUCGCGCAGGGAGGCGGAGAGUCGGACAAAAAGCAACAAAAAGCGCACGGAUCGUCGCCGUGGCCUUUCUCAAUGCAUACCCUUCGUCCCCGAGGAACGAUGAAACCAGAGAUCACCGCCGCCGUCAGCUUCCUGUCGAGAUUCCUGCGGGUAAAAGGACACGUAAACGACCGACAGGUCCAAACGUUCAACCAGAGCUUACAGGAAAUUUUGGCAGAGCACUAUAAGCACCACUGGUUCCCAGACAGGCCCUGCAAAGGCUCAGGUUACCGCUGCAUCCGCAUCAACCACAAGAUGGACCCCCUGGUGGGGCAGGCAGGCCAGCGCAUCGGCCUGACCAUCCAGCAACUCUACCUGCUUCUACCCAGCGAGCUCACUCUCUGGGUGGACCCCUUCGAGGUGUCCUACCGCAUCGGCGAGGACGGCUCCAUCUGCGUCCUGUACGAGUCGCAGCCCGUACCUGUCGGAAUGCCGGUGUCCGCCGGCGCCAGCUCCGCCUUGGGAAAUGGGUCUGUGAGUUCCAUGGUGGACAGUCACCUCAGCUGCAAAGAAGAAAUGAGGGUCCUGGGUAGAACCAGCCCCUCCAAAGCCUACAAUAAUAUGAUGACUGUGUCUAGUUAGAGUGACACACUGUCAACCCCCAGCCUACUUUUGUUCAGGGUUACACAGUGGCUGGUCAGAUCAUGGUGAGCCGUUUAAAAGCUAAGAAUAUGAAAUGAAAUAGUGAAAGAAGAGAAAAAAGCAAAAGAAAAAAAAAACAAAGGAUGUGGCCUAUCAUCCAGGUGAUGGAAAAACCUUGUAGGUUUGAUAUUUUUUACCUGCUCUCCCGGUUAUCAUCAGUUGUAUUGUCAUUGGAUCAGCUGGACACUCCAUUUUUAGAAGAGGCUUUGUGGAAAUGAAAUUGUUGGGGCAGCUAAACCAACCAACCAGGAAACCCCUCACCCCACCUCCCCAUGGCUCUGAACAUCCAUCACCCCACCCUCAAAUACACAACAUCGUAAUCUGCUCCAUCUCUGAAGGGGCUAUCAGCAUUGACUUUGCACUUUUCUUACUUUUGGGUACUAUGGGUACAUGUUCAACACAGCACUGAAAACAACAACACCUGAGUCUAAAUUGUAAGGAUUUAUUUUUCUGGAUUUACCCCAUGCAUUUGAAAAUUCACUGGUCUUCAAUUUUUGUUACCCAGAUGGGGAGGAAGUUGAGGUUUAGGCUGUGCCCAUAGUAGUAAUCCAAGCUCAGGGUAAAGAAAYGCCCAACGAGAACAUCUCCAGUUUCGAUUAAAACCCUCUUUGGACCACGGGAUCAUGUUUUCUUUAUCUUGUAGCUAAUGGAACAAAGGCUUUUGGUCUUAGCCUCUCUUCCUCUAAUUACCGUURUCAUUGGUGAGUUUCAGAACACUUGUUUUAACCUUCCCUGUAUGUAAGUGCGAGUGGUAAGUGAUGAGACCCCGGUUACUCAUAGAACUAGAAUCUCAUUACACUUUCAUCCUCCCAUUGCCCAUGUAUGUGUAGCUUUCUGGGGACUUGUCCCCUGAGUUGAUGAAUGUUGUUAAGGUUCACAAUCAAGUUUCUGUGUUCAUUUUGUCCCCUUUUUAACCCAUUUUCCCUGCAUUACCAAAACUGAAAGUGUAGCAAAGGGGGUAUUUUUAACCCAAAUUUUGGUCACAUGGCCCAGUUAGAUAUAACUGAAUGCACUUUGAUGUGAGAUUGUGUGGGAUGUGUACCUUUUUUUAAAAAGAGAAAAAUCACCUGCAUUCCAUCCAUUCGCAUGUCAUCUUUUCACACAGUUCUCCCAGUUUUAGCUGUUUAUACUGUAACUCCCAGGUCUGUUGACUCGGAAGUGUGCAACUCUGACUUUAAAAAAAAAAAAAAACAACCCUCCUAACACUGUAUAUGUGAACAUUUCAGAGCUGGUUUUGAUUUGGGUGAAAACGUUUCUGGGUGAUAUGUUAAAGACCUUCUUGUCAUUCAUUCCCGUGGCACUUUUGACUCUGGCAAAGAGUUCUGCUGCACCCCUUGCUAGAUUUCAGUUGCUGAUUUGAAAACGACAAAGUGACAACCUUGCAAGAUUUUACCCACUGGUCGUCUUUUUUCAUUAACAAUAACUAAAGUUGUGUAAUUGGAGUUUGUAAGUACACUGCCUUAUGGAGACUUUAUGCUCAAAUUCUUAUCUAUUUGUGACUUUAAGCUAGUGUUAUGCUGCCCAGACCCUCGUUGGAGGGGUCUUUUUUUCCCAGCCUGGCAGCUUUUUACCCUCCUACACCCUGUUGUUAUUAGUGUAGUAGAGGGUUGGUGCCUCAAGUGCCACAUAUCACCCUUGUCUCAGACCUCCCGUUCAGCCGAAAGAAAGCCAGCGAGCUGCUAGCUGACCCCCCGUGGACGCAGGUAGACUUAACGUGACACAUAUCACCAUUCGUCGCCGCGGGGAGCUGGGUAAGGACKGGCAGGGUGGGGAGCUGGUGGAAGAGAGAAGCGGGGGCCAGGGCCAGACUCUUUUGUCCAGGGCAGCUAAAGUCCCUUCAGCCCCACUUUUCUGGACUUCUUCAACAACCGCCCACCCUGACCAGAAGCCCUCAACCCUCCCUUAGCGGCGAUGGAUAACCAGCACACGUGCUAGGCAUGCUCAAGCCACAUUAGGGGGGUUUAAGAUGAAGAAUUGAGGGUACUGGGCCAUUGUUUCAUCUCACUGGAUUGUGCUGCACUUGAUCACCGAGUGAGUAGCAACUUUGUUUACAUGCAUACAAAAAGGACGUGGCAGCUUGUCUUGGGUGUCCGCACCUUGUUCGGGUUGUGGUGGUUGAGUGGACAACUUCACGAUGGAACGGGUGUCGGUCAGGCCUUAGUCAUCGCCACACCUGUGGGUGUCAAAGCUCCACUAAGCCUGACAGGAUCAUGGGUAAUAUAGCUAUAGCCUUUGAUGCACUGCUGCCCCCUAACCCCUCCCCCACCCUCCACUCCGCUGAUACUCCCUUCAGCAAAUYUGUGAAGGCAGUGAUUCCAUGUUGGUCAGAUGGAUGAGAGCCCAGAGGUUUGGUUUCCAUUUAGAAAGAAAAAAAACCGUGCUGCUCCAUUCUAAGUUUUUAACACCACGCCACAAGAUGUUUUGAGAUUGGUCUAUAUUUCAGACAUGAGACGAUCGUCUCGUCUCGCGUUUAUCGCUCUCUGCUUUGUUUUUCUUUUUUAGAGUCACACUAGUAAACUCAUUCCCAUCUUAUUUUUUUAAAGAAUUUUUAAACUUGUGACCUAACCUYGCUUUUAACUUGGUUUUAGAGUUUCAAAAUAAUCCCUUUUGAGACUACCAUCCGCUCGGUCUUUUUAGGCAGUUAUUCAGAUUGCAUCCAUUCAACUUGUGUGCACAUGGGUUACAGAUGUGUCGAGAGAGUGAUUCAAGUAUUCAGAAGUAUAAUAGCACAUAAAUGCACUAAAUGUCAAACAGAAGUUGUGACUUUUUUUUGUUGUUGUUGUUUUUCUUUGUUUGAGACGCGAGGAGUCUCUCCUGGAAUGUAUUGCCAAACUCAGGCCUCGAACAUUUAAUACUCUUUAUGGAAAAAAGUUGUGCAUGUUAAAGUAUGAAACGGGAAGGGAACAGCAUUUUUGUUGUCAAUAUCGUCAUCAAUCAGUUUCACAUUUGAGGUGUUUUUACAUAUUGUGGAAUGUAUUGUAACUGUACAACAAAUGGUGGAGUGCAUACCAUUACACAUGGGAAGUGCCAAUAGUUGCUAUCUUAAAGCGUUUUUUUUAUGUUUCUCAUUUUUGUAUUUCAUCUUUUAACAUGGGUAACGUUUAUUCAUAAGUGAAGCCAUUCGUAAUGGGAGUGCUGGCAAGGACCAAAGUUGUUUUGGUAAAAAAAAUAUUAGUUUCCACGAUCUGUAAGUAUAGACGUAUCCUUUGUUUUUUUUGGUUUUUUGUUCUCUCUCUUUAUUUUUCAUUUUCUGUAUUUUUUCCUAAUUUUUUUCUUCUUAUUUACUUACAAAACAAAGAAAAUAGACAAAAAAAUCUGAGCUUACCCAAGAAGAAAGCUGCAUCUUGUGAUCUCAUGUCAGUACAUCCUUGUUGUGUUCAGUUUCUUUUCCUUGGGUUUGUUGUAAUGAACUGCUGUAAAUUUGUACAGUUCAUGUAAAUUGAUUGUGCGGAAGUUGUACAGAUUUCUAUAUUUUGGAAGAUUUUUUUUUCUCUGUAAUAAAAGAUUUCCUAUCUUGGCAUCAUAA